AUGUCUAGCACGUACUUCAUCCGAGGAGCGACGGUGGUGUCCAUCGACCCCGUGAUCGGGACCGUUUCUGACUGCGAUGUACUCAUUCAGGGGGAAGACAUCAAGGCCGUCGGUCCAAACCUCGAAGCACCAAACGACGCUGUCAUCAUCGACGGCACCGAUGCCAUUGUAUCGCCCGGUUUCGUCGACACUCAUCGACACACUUGGCAGAUCCAGUUACGUUGCGUCACUUGUGACUUCAGUCUGUUCGAGUAUUUCCUUCACAUCCGCAACAAGUUUGGAUCAUGCUACCUUCCGGAGGAUGUCUAUCUAGGAAACUACUGUGGCGCUCUUGAGUCGCUGGAUAAUGGUAUCACCUGCCUCGUGGAUCAUUGCCACAUUCUGAACUCCCCUGAUCAUUCAGAUGCCGCCGUCCGCGGCUUGCAGGAUGCUCAAAUCAGAGGAGCGUUCUGCUACGGGCUUUACAGAAAUCCAAAGUACGCCUGGACACCCGACGGAGUGCUCACGGAUGCGGCCGAGCCUGACUGGCGGCUGGACGAUGCUAAACGGGUCCGAGAAAAGUUUUUCAGUCGAGAAAAUGCAGCAACUGACCUUCUGCGUUUUGGUUUUGCUCCAGCCGAGAUUGAGCGCUCCUCUUUGGAACAGAGCAUCAAGGAAGUCGAGUACGGGCGCUCACUGGGGGCGGCGGUGAUCACGGCACACGCGUCAAUGGGAAAGUACGACAAAGGUUAUCACCUGGUUCGCAGACUACAUGAGCGCAAACUCCUCAAGCCAGAUCUGCUCCUGAGUCACUGUGCAUCCCUCCAUGAUGACGAGCUGCAAGCGGUGCGGGAGACAGGCGUAUCUUUGUCAUCGACACCGGAUACAGAGCUGCAGAUGGGGAUGGGCCAGCCCGUGGCCUUCAAAGCGCGCAAGCAUGGCUGCAUUUGCAGCAUCGGCGUGGACAUUGUGUCGAAUAACCCUGCCGACAUGUUUCAGCAAAUGCGCCUCAUCUUGCAAGCCCAACGACACAAGGACAAUGAAGCGGCAGACGGCUCGCCUCUCAAGGUGUCGCAUACGUGCUUUGACGUGUUGACGCUGGCCACUCUAGGCGGCGCCGAAGCGAUGGGCCUUAAAGAAGUGGUGGGGAGUGUCACUCCAGGAAAGAAGGCGGAUCUAUUGAUCACUAAGUGUACGAGCACUCGGAUGACGCCGGUAAAUGACCCGGUAGCGGCGCUGGUGCUGUAUGCCAAUGCUAGCGACAUUGACACGGUGUUUGUCAAUGGAAAGAUGGUGAAGGAGAAUGGCCAGCUCGCCGGAAUCAAGUGGCCAGAGGUCCGAAAGAAGUUGGUUAAGUCAAGUAAUGAUAUCAUGGAGAGGGCCAGGGCUGCAGAUAUGGACGAGAUCACCCAUCGGGUUCUGAGCGUCUAUAACCCGGUUGGAGGUUAUAAUGCUAAGAAUGCCCAUAUCUAG